CAACACCAAUCAGCUGUUUUUUAUCUCCAAUAUUUUAUGUUUACAUUUUUUGGAUUCUUAGAAGGAACUUUAAAUAAACUUAUUAAUUGAAAGAUGUUAAAACCAAAGGCGUUAACGCAAGUUCUUAGUCAAGCCAAUACUGGCGGUGUCCAAAAUACUUUGCUUCUAAGCCAAGAAGGCGCUUUACUGGCUUAUUCGGGUUAUGGUGAUAAAGAUAAGGAUGCUCGUGUAACUGCAGCAAUAGCAAGCAAUAUUUGGGCAGCAUAUGAAAAGCAUGGACGAAAUGCCUUCCGAGAAGAUCGUUUACAAUUCGUAUUAUUAGACUGCGAAUGUGGCCAUGUAGCAAUAACAAAGGUUGCUAGUAUACUGUUGUGUCUUUAUGCUAAGGAAAAUGUUGGUCUCGGCCUUCUAAAACAAAAAGCCAUGGCUCUUGCUGCUUACCUUGAAGGACCACUCAAGCAGAUUGCGGCAUCAUAAAAAAUACACACAACGAAUGCAAUCAAGUACAUUUUAUUAUUAUUUUUAAUUAAAAAUGAGAGAAUGUGUAGCAAUAAAUAAUUGAUAUACAUACAUAC